CGUAGAAAAAGUUAAAACUGAAAAAGGGUAUAUCAGUAAAGGGAACCCAUAGAACUGUACUGACCAAACCGAGACGGGCAGCUCUGUUGACGAGAGUCCACUCACUCGAAUCAAAUCUUCUCUGAUGGUCGCCUUGUCUGGUGGAAAUGGUAAAAUACAAUGAACUGUUUCUCUAUCCAUCUUCGAUUUUACGUACUGAGACGUACAUGUAUUGUCGUAGUUCCAGGACUCAUCUUCUUCAUAACAUAUCUCUAAAGCAUUAUUAUGGAUAUGUAUUCAAGUUUGUUAUUUCCGGCAUUUCUGGUUCGUUCUGUUCUUCUUUUUCCCGCCGCCUUAUCUGUGUGGAUUUUGGGCGUGCUGGAAAUGGUUGUUGAGAUGGGAGGUUUGGUCCUCCAUUGUCGUAUUGAAAAUUGAAAACCCUCUAUUAAGACACCCAACAACUAUGGAAAGUUAGGAGUUGCGAAUUAAAAUCAAUAUAAAGUUGUUUAUACUCGUAAUUAUUAAUGGCAGUAGAGAUCUACUUAUUUUGACUGAUGGCGUUUUGCGUAAGCAAGUACCCUGUAAAUUUAUGAGGUCGAGCAUUCAUUAAAGGUCGAAAGCAGGUUUUGUGUGGGUUUGAUUAAUGGAGUUCACUGUCUAAGGUUUUGAACAAGUAUUUCUAUGUCUCGGGGCAGAUCUCCAGAUUCACCUGAUGAUUGGAAUAUGGGUUCUCGUUUUAGGUCUGGUAAAUCUAGUUGGCAGUUUCGAACUAAGUUCCAAAAUGAAAAAGUUCUUUCUCAGAAAAGGCCAAAUGAAAGUAUUGCUGGAAAAAGUGAACCUCCAAAGAAAAGAAGUUCUGGUUCAGAUGCCUGUAUGAACUCUUCUUCCAGUAGGCAUUCCUGGGAUGCCAUACUGCAAAAGAGAAGUAAUAAUAUUCAUGAAGGAAAACAUAAGCCCAAGGAAAAAGAGAAAGGAGGUAGUGAUGAGUGCAAAGGUAUGGCUAUGAACAGAGAUUCUGCUUCAGAUGACCCUGGGAAUUCAUGUCUGCAAAAGGAAACAGAUGCAGGCAUGAAGAAAGGUUCUCAUUCAAGCUGGCCUGCUUGGAACUCAUGUAUGCAAAAGGAAACAGAUGCAGGCAUGAAGAAAGGUUCUCAUUCAAGCUGGCCUGCUUGGAACUCAUGUCUGCAAAAGGAAACAGAUGCAGGCAUGAAGAAAGGUUCUCAUUCAAGCUGGCCUGCUUGGAACUCAUGUCUGCAAAAGGAAACUAAUUUUGCUGAUGAAGGAAACAACAACACUCAUGAGAGAAAAAGUUCUGCUUCUGAUGACUGCUGGAAUGCUCAUUCCAGUUGGCCAUCAUGGAAUUCCUGGUUGCAAAACGAUACAAAAGGUGAUAAAGGAAAAGAUGUGCCUGACAAAACAGGUUCCCACCAUUGGAACUCCUACUCCUGGCUGCAAAAGAGAGGUGGUGCAAAACAUUCUAAAGAUGUUUCCCCAAAAAGGGAUUCCAGAUCUGGAAAUCAUGUUGGAUCACAUUAUCAUAAGCCUCCUUGGAAAUCAAGAUCGACAAAGCGAAGUAAUUUUGAAGAGGAUCAAACAUCGUUUCAUAGAGGUCGCAAUUCUAGUAACAGGGAUGCUAGAUGGGUUUCUCCAGGAUCCAGAUCAUGGGCAAACACUAAUGCCAGAGAAUCCAACGGUAUUUCUUGGAAAAGUUCAAACUCUUCUGGUCAUUUGAAAGCUUCUUCACGUAGGCAUGUUUGGGGAUCUGAGUUUCACAUAAGAAAUAAUGCUGAAGGUUUAAAAAGCACUCUUGAAGAAAGCACGUCUAAAGUUAUUAACAGCCUAAAAAAGAAGGGCUUUAUGACGGAGGGUUGCUCGAAAAAAGAUAGACCUCACAAGAGGUCACAAAACUCAGCAGAUAUUGCAGGACAGCUUUCUAAAUGGCCUAAGUGGGAGGAUACAUCACACAAAGGAUCAUAUAAGGGCUAUUGCAUAGAUAGCCCUAACAAAUCCAGCAUAUGGGAUGGGAGCAAUGAAGAUGCAGCAGAUAUGAAGCCAGAAAAGUUGAUGCCAAACACAACUCAACAUUCUGGAUCUCCCAUCAGAGGUGCUUCUUGGAAAAAGAGAAGUGAUGAUGAGAAUUCUAUCUCCGAGUCUGCAGAAAUAGUUGAAACCAAACCUUGUCAUCUGGAAUCCCUGCAAGAGAGAGGUAAUAGUUAUGACAAAGCUAAAGAUGUACUAUUGCAAGGAAACAAUUCAAUUGCCACAGAUGAAUCUCGCUCUGAUUUGCCUUGUCAAAAUUCUGAUGUAGAAAAUAUAAACGAUAGGCAGGAAGUCACAAAUAGCUGUAGAAAAGAAGCAGACGAUUCAUUUGAUCUGCCUUCUAGGAAUUUGGAGGGGCAAGGAUUAAAACUUGUGGAAGAUUCUAGAGAUGUGCAUAACAAAGGGGUAAAUGUGGGCUUAGAUAGUUUCCCUUCAUUGAUCUCCUGCAGGGAAGAAACAAACAACCUGGAAAAAGGAAACAACAGACUCGAGGAAGUAGCCUUUGACAAAAAUGAUGGUGAGAGACUGUCUCUUGGUUCUUCGGAAUCCAAAACCCGGAUAGAUAGCAAUGAAGGAUCAAAAGAUGAUCUUCUAAAAGUAUCUACUUCUUGUUGGCCCUCAUGGAAGCUCAAUGAAAUUGACACUUCUGCCGAGAGGGCCAUCAACAUAGUUGAUGCUGCUGAGUUGCCUUCUAGUAGAACAUCUGCUGAAGUGGAAAUGGUGCACAGAGGGAAGGAACAAGUAAAGGAUGAAUUUGGCAAAAAUCGUCUAGACAGAACUGAGAGUGCUGAAUUAGAUUCAACUAAUCAAGUUCCAGAUAUUGAUGUUCUUACUUGUACUAAAGAUUUUAAUGCUAGUAGGCUACAGAACCAGGUUGGUGAUUCUGCUGAUGGCACUAAAUUACCUCACAAUGAACCUGUUUUGGAGUUGGGGGUUGAAAGUACGUUGUUGCUUGGUGAUACUGAUAGCACUACACUUCCGCCUAAUAAACCAUAUUUAGAAUCGGAGGUUUAUAAAAAUAAUAAGGAACACGCUGGAGAUAAUGUUGUUGGAAGGGCUGAAGUUCCCAUGGAUCAGUCAUCUAUAAAAGUUUCAGAAAUGGAAGUUGCUUGUUGUUCUAAAGAUUUUGGCGGUAAUAGGCUACAAAACCCGGUAGGUGAUUCUGCUUUCUCUCUUUCACCAUGCACUAAAUAUCCAAACCCCCCUACUUCCAGCUAUUCCACGUCUGUCUUGCCUAAACUUUCAGUGUGUGGUGAGAUGUAUGACAAUCAUCUCAACGUGUUACAUAGUAUUUCUGUGUGCCAUCAAAGUUGCCCUGCAAAAAAAAGCGUAUGGAAGGGAAGCUUUGAGGUGAUUGAUAUUGCUUCAGUUGUCAAAAUCUUUGAAGGAUUCACUGCUCAUCCAUCUUCUAAAGUUUGUCGUAAAGCUUACGAGUUCUCAAAAAAGAUGACAUCUACUUUGGAAUUUCUAGUGCACCCUCGAAGUAAAUACUGGCCAGUGAUAUUUGAGGAUUGUCCUGAUACAAAUGAUAUUGCUUUGUACUUUUAUCCAAAGAAUGAACAGGCCUUGCGCGGUUACACUUCACUGCUAAAGUUCAUUGACAGCAAGGAUUUGAUGCUCAGGAGUAAGAUGGGUCAUGUUGAGCUUCUGGUUUUUCCCUCGAGAUGGUUAAAUGUGAAAUGUCAAACCAUAAAGAACAGUUACUUUUUUUGGGGAGUUUUUCACAUCAAAACAAGGAAGUAAAUGAUGAAUGUUCGAGCCUGUUCUUCAUCUGUAGUGAAAAGCAUCUAUGGGUCAAGUUAUUCGAUGUGAUUAAACGCAAUGCUUAUUGCGACAAGAUUUGUUGACAUCCUAAGCAAAUAGUGAGCUAGUCCAUUUUUCUUUGUUUGCCAAUUAAGCCUUGGAUUUAUGAUUUGAUUAUUUUGAAAGC